UGGAAGGAAGAGCACACCCCUCAUCUUGUUAUUCAACCAAGAGGCCGAUGGAUUUGAAGCCCAGCCAAGAAAGCACUGGGCAAAGAGCCACCCCACCUGAUAAUCCAAAAAAAAGACCCACCCCACCUCCGUCGGCAUGCCAUGGUAAACCGGACUCGGACGGGUUCUCGUGGCUGCAGCCGCUGGGGCUGGCCUUCCUCACCUUCAACUCGGUCGUGGCCUUGUACAGAUCGAGAAGCGAUCCCUGGGGGAUGGCUUUCGUCAUCACCUCCUACGUUGACCUUCUAUUGCUCUUCUGGUGCCUCCGUCGUUUCGAGAGCACACCCGAGGGCUCCCCCAAUACAGGGACUCUCAAAAUGGCCGUCUGGUCGCUAUCGACUCUCCUUACCGUCAUGUUCUCGUACCGCGUGGCAUCCAUCAUGCCGCUGCCCGUUGCGGUGGUCGUGUGGACCAUGGCCGGGCUCACGAUUGCUGGUGGCUUCUACGCCUUCUUCAUUUACAAAGAGAAGGAAAGUGCUACAUCCGCACCAAACGCCUCGAAGGUGUGAGCAGGAGAGAGCGCAGCCUUCCGCACCACCGUUGAUACCACGCGGGUACCCCACUAGUAAUAAACUCCCUGGUGGAAUCACCCUUUGCCCUUCCAUUGAAAUAUAUAUAUAUGUGUAUUUUAAUUUCUUUGCUUUCCGUUAUAAAGAAAAUGAUAAUUCCCAGGCUUUCUUUGUGGUAAGUGAUAAUUUUCAGGCUUU